GGCUGCGGUGACUUGAACGAUGGUAGAGAUGAAGAAGAGUUGGUGAGGAUGAAUGGGCCGGCGAAGAGCUGGAGGGGAGUGUGGUAUAUAUAGCCUGCCGUCGUGGAUGGAGCACACACCACAGGACAUCGCCAUGGUAGCUAAGAUAUUAUUGGUUUCGCUGGGCCUUAUAGGGUUGACUUUUGGCAGCCAUUUACAAGAUUCUAGGCAAUUCCUAUACCAGCAGCAGCAACAGCAACAACCUGCCAGACAGUAUGUUGCAUCACAAUACCACCAACUUCCUGCGGCCACCCAUCUACUUCCGAACAAUGUCAAUGAUGGCGUAAGGUAUGGACAGCAGUCACUUGUGUACGUAAUGCCUCAGGGUUCACAGUACCUCUACGAGGAGGGUGCUGAACAGCCACAGCAAGCUCAACCUGGUGGAGCUUAUGUCGAAUCUUUCUUCAAUUUGGUCAAUAACCCAUCAGGAUAUCAUCAAGCAGCAAGUGACCAAAAGCCUGUCCAUCAGCAACCUGCUCUGCCUUCUGGAGCUGAAAAACCUGAAAGGCUUCAGGCAGAGCGACCAAGUUUGCCAACCCAGGCAGCUCAGCAGCAGCACUACCUCCAACAGCUGGCUGCUCAAGAACAGAUACAAUAUCUUCAACAGGAGGCCCAACGUCAUAAGUUUAUGGCUUUGUCUUCUCAGCCUCAAUAUUUCCAGCAACAACAACAACAACGACCAGCUGCCGCAGCACCACAUAAUCUCUUCUACUACAGUUUCCCUCAGCAGCAACUUCAGCAGUAUGCCCAAGCCGAUAAAGCUGCAGCAAGGCCACAUCACCCAGCUGCUUUGGGAUUUCAGAAACUCCUCCUUAGGUCAGGCCAAGAGCAAAAUAAUGCUUCAAGUGAGAUCAGUGGAGAGGAAAGCCAAGAAUCCCAGACACCAAACAAUCAAGAAGAAAUUGGACCAAGCAUAGCUCAAGCUAAGCCACAAGCCAUUUCCGUAGCAGGACCAGGAGGCGUAGCAGCCGCGGCUCCAGUCGGUACAGCGGUGGUAGGACCCGGUGGUAUGGCACUGUCUGCUCCUUCAGCCACAGCUCUUGCUGGUACCAAGCCAAGGCCUGGUCAGCAACCAGGUCAGGCAACCAAGUUAAGGCAGGCUCUUCGCUAUGCAUACUGACUUCAGGGACAAUGACUCGUAAUUUAUUUCCAAUGACUCUCCUACUGUGUGUGUGUGUUUUUUAAAAAUAAACAAUUUUUUAAUUUAAUCUGAUUUUUUUUUUUACCUUUCCCUUUACCUGGUUUAAAUUAAAUUAAAACCAAUAAUUUUAUUCAGUGAAAUUUAAUUUAUUACACCUUAAGAG